UCGGUGCCUCGCGCAUGGCCAGGCCAUUCGCCUUCCUCGCUGCCUCCUUGCUGACUGCUUUCCAGUCAAUGCGCAGGGGUGCAGCAGGUUCUACACUACGCAGGCAGCUCUUGGCGAUCUCCGUGGGCGUCCCACUCGUGCUUUUAAUGAUGAUGCUUUACCUGCAUAUUCAACAGGGAAAUUAUACCGACACCUACGAGUUGCUUAGCUUCAAGGCCCUCGCAUCUCUGGCGUGGGUGAGCCGACACUGCUCCCCCGUGCCCUGGACGCUCCACGCAGACGACGAUGUGUUGGUGGACCCUUUUCUCCUUACAUCCCUCCUCAGGAGAAGGCUCUCGAGAGAAAAGAACAAGUUCCUUUGCUACCCAUGGAAGGGCUCUAGAGUCCAGCGCCAGGGACGCUGGGCAGUCCAGUACGAAGACUAUCCCAGCGGUACCUAUCCUGAGUACUGUAUGGGAGCUGCCUGGGUAGUGCAUACUCACGUGAUCCCAAGUCUUCUGAGUGCGGCCGCGCGGGUUCCGUUCCUGUGGGUGGAUGAUGUCUACGUCACCGGAAUAUUAGCGCAAGGAGCGGCCGUGAAACACUCGCCAUGGAUGAAGAAAUUUAUCAGCAGGGAAAAUAUCAGUGAAGAGGAUAUAGGACAGAAGGUGAUUUGGUAUCAUCUGGGUGAGGACAGGUCUACUUGGUGGAAACUAAUUUUGGGCUACCAUGGAUACCACUAGACUCCAAAAAAGUCCUUAGUGAAAAAGAUUAAAAUAACAAAUGAAUAAAUUGAUAUUUUAAACAAAUUUACAUCAGUAAACAAAGAGAAGCUUUCA